CCCGGAUAUGAUUGCCGAUUCUGACACCGAGCUCUGAAAAAGUGUGAGGGCCUCCCCACAUGGGUCUGGGGCUUUGGGGUGGAACAGGGGUUGAGCGUUUAUUAGGUUCAGUGCCUUGCGUGUGCGGCGGGCGUGUAAAGGUCAUCCCUUUGGGUUUUGAGUGGGGGACAAGUCAAUGUGGCUGUUUGUCCGUUGUAAGAAUUCCCGCUGCGGUGUCCCAGAACCAGCGCGUGGGGAAACCCCUCGGAUGGUACCGCACAGGGAGUAGGAGAGUCUUGAAGACGCAGCUCGAGCAGUGGGAAUAUGGAUCUCUUACCUAAAAGCCCUAAGGAGUUUGGCUCCAUUGACUAUUGGGAGAAGUUCUUCCAGCAGCGGGGAAAGAAAGCUUUCGAGUGGUAUGGAACCUACCUGGAACUGUGCGGGUUGCUGCACAAGUAUAUCAAGCCCAGGGAAAAGGUGCUGGUGAUUGGGUGUGGUAACUCAGAGCUAAGCGAGCAGCUGUAUGAUGUGGGCUAUCAGGAUAUAGUGAACAUUGACAUCAGUGAGGUCGUCAUCAAGCAAAUGAAGGAACGCAAUGCCAGCCGACGGCCCCAGAUGAGCUUCUUGAAGAUGGACAUGACACAGAUGGAGUUUCCCGAUGCCUCGUUCCAGGUGGUGUUGGACAAGGGCACCCUGGACGCCGUCCUGACAGAUGAGGAGGAGAAGACCCUGCAGCAGGUGGACAGGAUGCUGGCUGAGGUUGGCCGUGUCCUGCAGGUGGGCGGUCGCUACCUCUGCAUCUCCCUGGCUCAGGCUCACGUCCUGAAGAAAGCAGUGGGUCACUUCUCUCGGGAGGGGUGGAUGGUGAGGGUGCACCAGGUGGCCAACAGCCAAGACCAGCUGUUGGAAGCAGAGCCUCGGUUCUCCUUGCCUGUGUUUGCCUUCAUCAUGACCAAGUUCAGGCCGGUCCCUGGCUCUGCCCUUCAGAUCUUUGAGCUGUGUGCUCAGGAGCAGGGCAAGCCUGUGCGGCUGGAGAGUGCCGAGCGGCUGGCUGAGGCGGUGCGGGAGCGGCAGCAGUAUGUCUGGCUGUGCAGCCAGCUGUACCGCAAGGCCGGGCUGGGGAAUGUGUCUCUGGACUUGUGCAGUGGGGACACGGGGGAGCCACGCUACACCCUCCACGUGGUGGACAGCCCCACUGUGAAACCAUCGCGGGACAGUCAUUUUGCCAUUUUCAUCAUCCCCCAGGGUCGGGAGACCGAGUGGCUCUUUGGCAUGGAGGAGGGCCGGAAGCAGCUGGCAGCCAGUGCGGGCUUCAGGAGGCUGAUCACAGUGGCCCUUCACCGAGGUCAGCAGUACGAAGGCAUGGACAGCAUCCAGGCCGAGCUGUCGGCCAGAGUCAUGGAGCUGGCCCCGGCCGGGAUGCCCGCCCAGCAGCAGGUACCCUUCCUGUCUGUGGGUGGGGACAUCGGGGUCCGGACUGUUCAGCACCAAGACUGCAGCCCUUUGAGUGGCGACUACGUCAUCGAGGAUGUGCAGGGGGAUGACAGGCACUACUUUCGGCGGCUGAUCUUCCUCAGCAACAGGAACGUGGUGCAGUCAGAAGCCAGGCUGCUGAAGGAUGUGUCUCACAGAGCCCAGAAGAAACGGAGAAGAGACAGGAAGAAGCAGCAGCCUGCUAAUACUCCGGAGGACCUCCCUGCAGCUCCGGGGCAGCCCACUGAUAAGAGUUACCUGUGCUGUGAGCACCACAAAGCCAUGGUGGCCGGCCUUGCCCUGCUGAGAGACCCGGAGCUGCUUCUAGAGACCCCACUGGGAUUGUUGGUGGUAGGCCUGGGUGGGGGCAGCCUCCCCCUUUUUGUCCACGAUCAUUUCCCGAAGUCCUGCAUCGAUGCUGUGGAGAUCGACCCCUCCAUGUUGCAAGUGGCCACUCAGUGGUUUGGCUUCUCCCAGAGCGACCGUAUGAAGGUCCACAUCGCGGAUGGCCUGGACUAUAUUAGCAGCCUGGCAGAAGAAGAAGCACGACCUCACUACGAUGUCAUAAUGUUUGAUGUGGACAGUAAGGACCCAACCCUGGGAAUGAGUUGCCCACCCCCAGCGUUUGUGGCCCAACCUUUCCUGCAGAAGGUCAAAAGCAUCUUGACUCCUGAAGGUGUCUUUAUCCUCAACCUCGUGUGCCGGGACCUAGGGCUAAAGGACUCAGUGCUGGCUGGGCUCAAGGCGGUGUUCCCCCUCCUAUAUGUCCGGCGAAUUGAGGGUGAAGUAAACGAGAUCCUGUUCUGUCAGCCGCACCCUGAGCGGAAACUUGCCACGCCAGAGCUGCUGGAAAUGGCCCAGGCCUUGGAGCAAACACUGAGGAAGCCUGGAAAGGGCUGGGAUGACACGUACGUCCUGUCAGACAUGCUCAAAACUGUGAAGAUUGUGUGAUUGUCAGGACCAGGCAGUCCUCUCAGCUUCCUGCCAGACUGACCUUGGGCUCCUGGCCUACCAGAGAUUGAAGAAAUAUAAUGCACAAUACUUUUUAAGCCUUGUAUUUUUCUUAGUUUCAUACUCACCUGCACGCGACCUCCAGCUUGGUGAGGUUGCCUGAAGAUCUGGGAAAAUAAAAAAGUCCUUUCCAUCCUGUCUUCUUCA